AUGUUGAACGCCCCAAUUGGCCCAUGGUCGCCGUUGCCGUGGUCCUCAGUUAAGCAGCCGGGCUGCGGCUGCAGGCGGAAGGAAGCUUCGUGGCCCCCGGUGCGAGAGCUGUUCCCGCAGCAGGAAGACCGCUUCCGAAGCUCCCUUUCUGCUGGUUUCGCUGCUGGCUUGGCAUCUGGCUUCGUGUGUCGACAGCCCAGGUUUUCGAGACUGGAGCGCGCUGCCAGCCCUCCGUGGCUGCCGGGGAAUGAGGAGCUAGCGAAGAUCGCUGCAGGGGAGCGACCCCUUGGAUUUUACUGUCUUCGUUCGCCUGCAGAUGAGCGGGCGAUGGUCCUCUGCGAGCUUCAAACGAAGGAGGAUGGGAAGCGUCGCUUCCACAUUCCUGCAUCCAAAGGGACAGCCGUUUCUGCUGCAGCCGCUGAAGGCUCUGUGCACUGGAAGGUGAAAAGAGGCAGCCGAGCCUUGGGGGAGUUCAGCGAGAACUCUUUGGUGGUUGAAAGGAAGGAGCGGCUUGAGCGCUCGAGUGCACAGGGCCGAUGGCGCCGCUGGAGCCACAGUGGAGACACCGGAGGUGUCUCGAGUGGGGGGCCCGAUGGCUCGUCGGGCUACGAGAGCGAGGAGAAGCAGUCGGCACCGCGCCGUGAUGGAUGGGAUGGCUGGGCUGAAGAUGGCUCCUGGGGUGGGGGCUCCUUCUCCGAGGCCUUCGGAACAUGGCGAGGAAGACGGGGCUUCAAUGAAAAUUGGAGCUGGAAAUCCGACGUCGAGCCGGACGCCACGAUCAAGGACGACCCGAACGACGAGGAGACUGAGGACCUGCGUGGCAAGGUCAAGGUGGUGGGAGGCCAGGCCGGCCCGGAACGGAAGGGCACGGGCAAGGUUUCCAACACGUAUCCUCCAGUGUUUCGUGCGAAGCCUCAGGAGUCCUACCAGGAGUGGAAAAGAAGUGUGGAGUUUUGGAUCGGAGGUGAAGGUGAGCAGCUUCCGGUCGAGUUGAUUGGGCCGAGGAUGAUGGUCCAGCUGAAGGACAGGGCGGCACAGCUGGUGAAGCAUUUGCAUAUCAAUGACAUGAACGGGCCCAACGGGAAGCAGGUGAUCUUCAAGGAGCCCGAGAAGUCGCCGUUGAUAAAGCAAGUUGACCGCCACCGUGUCGAUGAGCAUCGUCGCCGGCUUAUGCAGCUUAAUCGUGCCCCCGGGGAAAGCAUGGAAUCCUACGUGACACGGGCCGGGGUCUACCGGAGCCACUUGUUGGGGGUGGACCCAAAUAUGGCCAUGGGAGAAGCGUUUUACGUGGGGCACCUCCUGGACCAUGCCAAGUUGACCAAGAGGGACCGGGCGAUGAUCAAGACGAAGGCGGGGGACUUGACCGAUGAGGAGAAGGUGACCUCGGCGAUGAUAGAGCUGGCCAGCGAAAUGGACGGAGAAAGCGGCUUCCCAGUGGGAGCCUCAGAGCCCAAUCUGGCGAGGAAUGGCGAGGAAUGGCUCUUGCAAAGGGAUCCUCGCAACAAUGGGCGGCAGCCAACUGGGCAACCUGGAGGCCGAGCUCUUCGAGGUGCUUUUCUGGCCGAGGCGGACGAGGAGUCGGUGCUGGGCGAGGAUUUUGGAGGUGAGACAGACGGCCCAGAGGCCGAUGCUGCCCCGCCCGAGCUGCUGCACCUCGAGCACGAGGCUUUUGGGACUCAGUUCAAGGCCAGGCAGAAGAUUGCUGAAGUGCGGAAGCUGAGGCAGUACUACCAGAAGCCUGACACCGAGGAGAAGAAGAAGUGGCUCACCGAGCAGAUGAAGAAGAACCCGUGUCAUGCUUGCGGGCAGCUGGGGCAUUGGAGCAGAGAAUGCCCUAUGAAGGCUCAGCAGGUGCUCUUUACCAAGUCGCGGCCCUCUACCUUCACGUCGGCGCCUUCGAGAGUUGCUACCAUUCCGGAGGAGGAUGAGGGUGCCGAGUGGGCGCUGCUAGCUUCUCUGUGCUCCAAAGGAGCGGGGGCGUCGGAUGCCGGAUCUCGCGCCACGGGGCAAUACAUGGGAGCGACCGGAGUGUUUGUGAGUGUGAGGGAGUCGGCCACCAAGCAAGUGCACACGGCAUUUAGCACGGUCAGCAUGGGGCUCUACGAUGUAUGUUGGUCCAUGCAGCAGUUGGCGUUCAAGGUGAUUUUGGAUAUCGGGUGCAUGCGUUCUGUGGUGGGGGUUCGUUGGGCCACGGAAGUUCUUGAACGUUGGAAGGCCGAAGGGCGGUGGCAUCGGGUGGAGAAGGAGAAUGAGGCCUUUCGUUUCGGGGACGGGGAGGUCUUACACAGCCGCUAUCGCAUGGAGUUCAUCGGCUCGUUUGCGGGCGAGCCUGUGGUUUAUGGCUUUAGCGUCGUGGAGGGAGUGUGUCCACCGUUGUUUUCUCGAUCUGGGUGCACGCAGUUGGGUGUGGUGAUCGACUGUGAGCAUCAUUCCAUUUCGUCGAGACGGUUGGGGAUAAAGUCGUUUGGGCUGGGCCGGGCGGAAGGGCAUUACACUCUGUGCAUCGAUGACCCUGGCAUGGAUGUUGCUGCGAUUGAUCUGCCUAGGGACUUCAGUUUGGGCGCUGGCAUGGAUGCAAUGUCUAUCUGUUCGGAAGUUUUGCCCGAGAAGCCGGAGGACUGCCCGACGCUGGAGAACAUCUCGGACGAGGACGACUUUGCGAUGGUGACCGAUCAAGGGGAGGACAAGGAUCCCCGCCGGCGCAAGGCCAAGCAGCCUCCUCCUCGAGCGGCCGCAACUCCUAUGCCGCCGACGUCGUUGCUGGCUCCUGCGAUCGAUCCGGUGGCAGUGGGGAGCUCGGACCUGACGGCGGAGGAGAUUGCACUGCUGACCAAGCGGAGACAGAAGGCGGCCCAGGCCAAGAGCAAGGCCCAGCAACACCGGGCGUUGACGGGGGAGAAGGCGGAUUACCCCUCGCUGUCCCAUGUUUGGUCAGCGGAGGUGGGGCUAAAUUUGGCAGCGGCAACCCGCAGUCGGAUGGUGACCUUCGGCUGGAAGAGGAUGCUGUGGCAGCUGAGGGUGAAGAAGGCCAUCGAGCAGGAGGGCACCAAGCGUUGGAAGCGCAACCCGCGUUGGCUGGCGAAGCUCUUCGGCAAGGAGGUGGCAGCGCUGUGGGGACACUUCGGGGCGAUGCGGCAGAAGAUCAACAACCCCGCCGUGGCCGAGGGGCAGAAGACUAUGGAGAUGGUGAUGCACGCCGCGGCCGAUCCUGGAAGCUACUGUGUGAUGGAGAUGGGGUCAGUGGAUGUUGGCUGUGGCCCCGACUUCCAGGAGAAGAGCAAGAAGUUCAUUGCGGAGGUCCGGGAGCAAAAGCCGGACUUGGUGAUCAUCCGGCCUGUUCCUUGGCUUUUGCGGGCUACUGAGGCCGAUGAGCAGCUGUGGGAGCGACGCAGACUGCAACUGCCUUUGUGGCACGUGGUUCUGGAGUUGUGGAAGCUCCAGGACGAGGCGGGCCGUUUGGUGGUGUUGUCGCAGCCGGUGGCUUCAGAGGCUCUUUUCCUCACUUUUCUAAAGGAGAGGCGCGAGGUGCUACGGGUGGUGGUGGCAACGUGCGCUUUUGCGGAGGAUGGCCAAGCACUGCGCCAGCAACCGGAGGAGCUCUACCUGGAGGUCAACGAGGGGAAGUUUGCAGCGGCCCUUCAGUAUCGCAGUUGGUGUCAGUGCCCUCCGGCCGCCCACGCACGGUCGCGCAACGAGGGUGUCGGCCCUUCUUCGGGAUGGACGGCUCGACUUUGUCGUCAUGUGCUGGCUGCGGCGGAGCAGAGCCUCACGACCCACCGCGAGGCGAGCUACUUGGGCCUCGCUGAUGCGGUGCCGUCUUCGGAGGUGAGGAUCUGGGAGACAGCGCCCGUGAGCAGUGCUUCAGUGCCUGAGGAAAAUCUGCGGAAGGCGUUGCAGGAGAAUGGGGCAACGGGCGAGAGGUUCGACUUCGUGACGUUUGAAGGCCCUUCCUUGCAGCAACCUCGCCGACUACGCCAUACCGUUGCCCAUUUACAUGUCACGCUCGGACGCCCGUCCAACGAGCGGCUGGCCCGCAUGUUGGUGCUAAGUGGGGGGCAAAAGAGUGUCGUGGAGCUCGCGAACAACCUGAGAUGCCAAGUCUGCUCCAUGGUACAGCCACCACAUGCGAUGCCACAAGUGGCAUAUACGAAACCGAAACAAUUUAAUGAAAGAGUUUCGGGAGAUACGUUCUUUAUCUGGGACCAGGCUGGCACUAAGUUCGCGGUGACCCACUUCAUCGAUGGCCUCACUGACUACCGCCUGGGGGACCUCACGGAUCGGCCAGACUCAAGUUUCUCUCGGGAGGUUCUGCAAGACCUCUGGUAUGCCACGUUUGGCCCUCCUGACUUGUUGCUGACCGAUGGAGGGACUGAGUUUGCGGGCCACGUGGAGAUCCUCAAUCAGCUCAUCCCUGAAGGAGCUAAGUGGAGGAUGGGGCAGGCUGAACGACACGGCGGCAUCGUGAAGUUGAUGAUCAUGCGGAUGGCCAAGGCCUUGUCUUUGAAGGGGCUCGAUAGCAUGCGUCAGGCAGCUUUGGCGGCGUUCUCGGCGAAGAACCGCCUGAUGAACAAAGGUGGUGUGUCGCCUAUCCAAGCGGUGACGGGGAGGAGCUCGCCGUUGCCGGGGUCUCUCAUGAACCAGCUUGGGACGGGGCGGAUGCGCUAUCAGUACAACCAGGCGAUGGAGACCAACGAGGCCUUGCGGCGAGCGGAUCGUGUACGGCAUGGGGCGGUGGAAGCUUUUCAUUGGCUCGACGCGCACACCACUUUGCGCAAGGCUUUGACUACCCGCUCCCGCCCCCCUACGCUGGAAGGCAUCCGAGAAGGGGCGGUGGUGUAUGUUUACGAUCCGCCCAACAGCCGCCGAGGCCAAGCUCGUCGUCUGCAGGACAAUGAGUCGUGGAGCGGCCCGGGCGUUAUUGUCUGCGUGGAGCGGGACACCCCGGUGCCGCAAAGAUUGUGGGUGCGUCUUCGCGGACGAGUGAAAGCUUUUCCUUUGGAGAAGGUGCGGUUGGCUACCAUCGACGAGAUGGCCAGCGCCCAGUAUGUGCGGGAAUCCCUGGCCGAGGUGGAAAAGGAGCUGCAAGGCGGCCAGAUGUUGGUCGAAGAGGAUGAGCUCCCUGCAGUCGAGGGGAAGGGCAAGGCCACGCGGAAGCGCGAGGACAGUUCGUCCUCUUCUUCCUCGUCGUCGGAGGAGGACAUGGCGGCGAACGAGGUGACGGACGAGCAGGCCCAGCUGCACGAGGAGCGGGCAAAGUUGCUUGACGAUGUGCCCAUGAGCGUCCGUCAGAACUUACAAGAGAAGCGCGUGGCGGAGAAGGAUGGCCCACUGCCUACGGACCCCCACGAGUUGGACUUUGCGAAGAAGCGCCGGCUGUUCGACAAGUUGGCCAAGGACCUCGAGCCGCCCACAACUCUACAAGAGGGCCAGAUCCGCGACCACCUCUCCAAGAUCUAUGGCCAGUUCAAGGAGGUCAAGAAGGCGAUGAAGAAGCAGAGGCCCGUGGGUGGCCGAAAGCGAAAUGGACGUCGGGGACAGGCUGCUUCCUCCGCGGCGGUACUUGUGGCGGAGGAAGUGGACGUGGGCGAGUGGUUCCGGCCGGGCGAGUACGAGGCGAUGUUCAUGGACACGGUGGGCCAUUGGACCUUGUGGAGUGCUUCCUCUAAGCACGCUGGGGAGCAAGGCCUGACUUCGAUCGCGGCCUCGCUCAAGAAAGUUGAUGCCGAGGCCCUGGCGGAGGGGGUCACACAGGUCAAGACCGGCAAGGCCCGUGUGGAAUACCGAUGGGGUGACCUUAGCCCUGAAUGGCGCAAGGCUUUCGUGGAGCCGUUAAAGAAGGCGGUGGGAGUGUACUUGGAUCACCAUGGCAUCCAAGGGGUGCCAAAAGGGCAGGUGGUUGAUCCGCAGCGAGUGCUCAGUUCGCAAUUCGUCUUGACGAACAAAGGGGCCGAGGACCUCGAGAAUGCCGAGCUGAAGGCACGCUGGAUCUUCGGCGGCCACCGGGACCCUGAUGCUGGUUUGUAUGCCACUAGCUCUCCGACGGCAUCCACGCUGGGCCACAACUUGCUCAACUUUGUGGCUGUGCAGAUGGGGUGGGUGGUGCAUUACGAGGACGUGAGUGCCGCAUUCUUACAGGGGAAAGAACUUCCUCGCACCGAGAAGGUGUAUGUCCGAGUGCCCGCGGGUUAUCCGGAGGAGGUUGCUGAGUUCCUGUUGGCGGGCCUGCAGGGUGAUUCGCGCCCUGAUUUGGUGCAGUUAACCAAGGCUGGCUUUGGACUGCCGGAGAGCCCUCGCCUGUGGUACCUGGAGUACAAGGACACGAUUGAGGAGCUGGGGCUACGGGAGUUGGCUUUGGUGCCCGGGUUGUUUCGGGCCUUUCAUCCGGAUGGCACGUUGCGGGCAAUGGCCUCGAUACAUGUGGAUGACACCCGCUACGCUGGCGACGAGUCGAGCCAAGUGUUGUGGGAUGCCCUGCACCAGAAGUUGAAGUUUGGCAAGUUGCGGCGAGCCACAGAAGGCUGGCCUGAUGGAUGGCAAAAGUUCUGCGGCCGCUGGGAGAAACAAUGCCCAACGACGUUUGAGAUGUGGGUAAGCACGCAGGAGUACGUGAAGUCCAUACCCUUAGCACGUGGCCGAGAAGAAAAGACGGUGCCCACGGCUAAUGCCAGAGGAUCUUCGACGUCGGGUUCAACAGUCACUUCUACCUCAACUUCCGGGGGUUCUUCGACUUUGGGUUCAGCAGUCACUUCUACCUCAACUUCCGGGGGGUCUUCUACGUUAGGUUCAGCAGUCACUUCUACCACAACUUCCGGGGGGUCUGAGUUGUCGUUGGAUAUGCCAGCAGCCGAUGGUAACGACAAGGUGGUCAUUGAGAUGAUGCACGAUCAGAUCACCGGUGUCAAUGAGGAGCCGGAGUUAAGCCCUGAGGAGCGCAAGUUGAUCGGGUCUAUCGUGGGGCAGUUAAAUUGGGCUGCUAGGCAGGGCCGCUACGACUUGUCGUUCGUGUCGUCCAUGGUGCAGCAGCUAGCUGGACAAGGGAGGGCAGAAGCUCUCAAGUGGGUCAACAGUGCUGUCCGCCGUGCUCGUGAAGGCUGUGACAGUGUGAUCCGCCGCUUUCCCUGUGCCUUGGACGAGAUGCUGAUAGUGUCAGAGUGGCCCGUCUACAUCGUGGAGGCAAUGAGCUCAAAGAUCCAGCGGGUGGUUCGGUGCUCGAUGUCGGCGGAGGUGAGUUCGUUGGCCACAGCUUUCGAGCACGGAGAUUAUGCUCGUGCCGUUUGGGCCGAGUUGGUGGACCACACGUUCAAGCUGGGACAAUGGAAGCUGUCAGCGGCCAAAUGGAGGCAUCUCUUGGUCACCGAUGCGAAGACAGGCUACGAUGCCAUCGCCUCGGAGGUGUUGCCCUCCGACCGGAAGAUCGCUAUCGAUGUGGGGGUACUCCGAGAAGGACUUCUUGAGCCGCACUCGGAGAACUACAUUCGUUGGGUGCCGGGAUCCGAGAUGCCCGGCGACGGGCUAACCAAGUGGGCUCACAACCAGGUGCUCACGAAGGUGAUGUGCGAUGGCGAGUGGCUCUGUGCACUGGAAGGUGAAAAGAGGACUUUGCCGUCGCUGGAGGAUUAUCUGAAGAAUGAGCAAGUGGCAGAACUGCCCUUCUCUGAGGGGAAGCUUGGAGGGCAUCUGUGGGAUGGCGGCAUCCUCAUGGCUAUCUGGGCAGCGCAGCGAUGCGACGCACUGGCCGGACACAGAGUGUUGGAGCUUGGCUCAGGCGUGGGGCUUCUGGGCAUAGUCUUGGCACGAUGUUGUGCUGCCUCCGUGGUUCUUUCAGACUUCGGUCCCAAUGAGGGUGCGGUGGAGGUGGCCGAGGACAAGGAUCGUCUCAUCCCACCGUUGCUGCUGUCGAGACUGCGGGACAAUGUUAUGCGCAACAGACUCAGCAAUGCUGAAGAUGUGGUCUACUAUGCUGCAGAUUUGCCUGCGCUGGCGGCUGCCAUUGCUGCACACUUGCUUCCAAGAGGCUUGGCCUUCGUCGCUGUUCCUCGCCGGCAGUGGCGCGGCGCGCAGGCCUCCGAACGCAGCACCGCAGAGGACCUGAUCAAAGCACUGGAGCCUUUCGGUGAGGUCCAGGUGGAGGAAUUUAUCGGGUACUGCUGCACCCUGGAGGAGCACCCAGUCGCAUUAAUCCAGCUGCAAAGAUCAGCUGACUGA